AUGGUGGGCCUGCGAGGAGAAUCCUCAGGGCUUGUGUUUCUGUCCUGGAUCCAACAGCCAACUGAUGCAAGACACUACGUGAGCAAGACACUAAGUGAGAGGGUUGUCAUCGUGCCAUACCAGAAAUUGUAUCCCCCAGAUAUGUCUGCAAUUGCUCAUUUUGGUUCUGUAAACUCUAAAUUCUUGGGAUUUCUUAAGCAUGGCAGCCUCAAUGCAAUCAAACUUUUGCAUGGCAGCUCUGGACUCCCACAGCGAAUGCUCCAGGAAACAGGAAGUAGAAGCUAUCAGAGUCGGGAGCCUGGGCACAUUCCUGUUUUUAAAUCUAGAUAUAAAUUGGGUAAGGUCUAUUUCAUAAGUUUUCAAAGUAACAGUCUUCUGAGAAAAUCUGAAAGCUCUUUAAACUCCACUGCUAUCUUUCAAAAUAUGGGAAAGGUAAUGAAACUCAGCGAUUAGGUUACUUUAUACAAGACGUGGCCACCUGAGGCUGGAUCUCCCUGCAGGCUUGAUGAAGUAAGCAGCCAUGUUGGAACAGCGCUCAUGGCAAAGACAUAUGUGGCCUCUGGGGACCACAGGCAAUCUCUGGAACUAAUGCGGACCUGCCACCACAAUCAGCAAAAUGGCCAGUCACACAGCCACAAGGAAACAAAUUCUGCCAAAGCUGAAUGA